AUGUCUAUAACCAAGGGGCCUGUUAAUGUUCACAAGAAGGGGCUAACUUCGGCAGUUUAUGAUGUCCAUGGACGCCGUAUAGUUACUGGUGGAUCAGAUGGGAAAAUCAAAAUCUUCGAGUCACUUGAUGACGCUUGUCCAGUGGAACACAUCGUUGGAGAAAAAAUCAAUUCUGUUGCUUGCCGAUAUGAAAACGUCAUUGUUGCUACUGAGGGAACUUACGUCCACAUUCUUCAGAUGGAAGAUGGUCUUCCUGAUGGUGUGGUUACCCGUUUUACUGCAGAAGUCAACCAUUUAGCUAUGAACAAAGACCUUAGUAAGACAGCUUUAUGCAGUAGUGAUUUCUCAGUCAAGGUUGUGGAUCUUUCCGGCCAUGAUAAUGACCGGGAAUUGGUUUUCAAGGGACAUCAAGGAGCUGUCCUGAGUGUGGCUUUUGAUCCUCUCGAUGUGUUCGUAGCCUCUGCUUCAUGCGAUGGCAGUGUCCGUCUCUGGGAUUUAAUAAUUGGGGAGGAAACAAAGUGCAUUUAUACGCUUGCGAAAUGUAAUGAUCCUCUCUUUGCUCCAAGUUCCUGUAGAUUAUGCUGGGAGAGCACAGUUGGGAAGUUUUUACUCGUGCCAGUUGAUAAAGAAAUCAAAAUGUUUGAACGAGUGUGCUGGAGUUUACUUUGUUCCCUAUCCUGCCCUUCAGUCACUCGUGCAUACAAUAUAUGCGCUUCUUCACGGGAUGGCAAUCUUAUUUCAGGUGGAUCAUUAGAUGGGUGGAUUAUUGUUUGGCGUGUUGAAGACAGACAAGCAAUUCAUCGUAUUCGUGAUCCGUCUCAUAGUCGGAUUUGUAGCUUAUUUUGGCAUCCUCUUGACAAAAAUCUUCUAUUCGCGAACGAAAAUGGAUCUGUGGGACUUGUUCACUCUCCAGACCAUCAGCCUUCUUCUAGAGAUUCAUUGUCUCCAAAUAGAAUAGCUCAGUUAAUGGGUUGUGAUGAAGAUGGUGAUACUGCCGAUCUUUUAAGUGCUGCUGCAGCUCAGGCGGAAUCUAGCAGACUUUUAGCUGACGACGAUGUCAUCCCCCACUCAAACGAAGAUGAUAGUAAUUCUGAUUCCAUUGAUCUAUCUCGAAUCAAGGAUGACGUCACAAUCCAACCUUUACAGAAGGCUUUCCAGUCAGGUGCAACACCACUUGGUUUUCGCGAACGUUUCAUGGUAUGGAAUAGAAUUGGUAUCGUGACACAGUUCAGGGAUGCUGCUGAAUAUCAGUCAGAGGAUGAUGCAUCGAAUCAGUCUUCUGGAGGAAGUAUAGAAGUAGAAUUUCAUGAUAAUAGUUUACAUCAUAGUUUGCGGUUAUCCAAUAGUUCGGGUUAUUCUAUGGCGGAUCUGAGUUUAACUGCCUUGUUGCUAGCAUCUAAGGGUUCAGACGAUCCCAAUCUGGAUGAUUUGAAUGAUGAUGAGCAAAAUGAAUUAUAUGACCUCAGUCGCAUCGCAAUAUUACCACUCGAUGUUGGCAGUUCAAACAUCGGAGAUGCCUCUGUAGAAUGGACUACAACUCUCCCACCUGGCGAAUUAUGUGAUGCAGUUUGCUUAGUUACUGAAGAGGGUAAUGAUAAAACUGAAAGUCCUGGUUAUGCUGUUGUCGCUACCUCAAAGUGCCUGCUGCGCAUUUUUACCCAACCUUCCCCAUCUUCAUCCGUGGCACAUUCGAGUAAUUUACGUCUGCUUCAGAUAAAUAAGCUAGGUUUGCCACCCAUUAGUCUCUCUGGUCACCACACUGUUGUCUUAGCAAGUCAUCCUAAUAAUCCUAUUUUGGCUGUGGUAACUUGUAAUGUAGUCGGAGAAUUAGAAUGGAGAGUGUUUUACUUGGGAGGAAUUAUGCUCGGAUCCAACCGGACUGCAGCUCCACUAUGGAUGAAAAGUUCCUUAUCUAUCUGGCAACAUUUGCCACUUAGUCCUCCGUUAAAACAUACCUCCCUUGACACUUCAGUAGUUCGCUUAACUUGGUUUGGAUUCUCUGAUACUGGAGGACUGUUUACAUAUGACUCUAAUGGAGUCGUACGACGCCUUAUUCAUGGCCGUUCGCAAAGACACCCAGAAUUUCAUUGGGUUCCUAUUUGUGAUACAAGAAGUUUAUUAAAGCAAAACAAUAGGCGAACAGAUAAUUAUUUCGUUGUUGGUGUCCUAGAAUCUUGUGAAUCUGUAGAAAAUUUGUCUUCUGAAAAUAAAAAGGAUUUGAAAUCCAAUGUCGUUGGGUUUGGUCAGCUUCAAGCAAUUUACUGUAAAGCCUCAAAAUGGCCAAGAGUUUUUCCACGACCUGUGGUGUCAAAUAUAUCCUUCCGUCUACCUUUAUGUUCAAUGAAUACUGAUCAAAGUGAUUUGGAGGAAAAUUAUCUUCAGUGUGUAAUAAGUGAAGACUGGCCUAUCUGGGGUCCGAAUAUCGCUGAUGCAAAUGAGGAUAUAUUGUCACAUUUGCUAUCAUUAAAUACAAAAUCGCUGACCAAGCGCAAGGCAGUUCUGUUACGUCUUUUCGCUCUGGCAGCAAAACUCGAAUCUGACUGGGCUAGCCUCGCAAUCGCUAAUAUGAUGCCAGAUGCAGCGACUGUUCAGCUUGCUAUUAGAUACGCUGGUCGGCUGAGGCGUCAAAACCUUGCACAUCGUUUAGCAGGAGUCGCUUUAGAAAAAGAGCGCCGUGUAUCAGAAACUGUUGAAGUUGAUGAUUGGGAUGAUAUACCACAGAGUUCAACAUUUAGAGGGAAGUGUAAUAGAGAUCCUACUACGUUCUCAGGUUAUUCUCCGUCGAAUAACCAUAUUCAUUCUCAUUCAAAGACUCCAAGACCUACAAAUGGUUCAGAUUAUCAUGAUGUGGCAGAUAGUUCACUUGUUAGUUCAGGAACUGAUGAUGGCCAUAUUGAUGGUUCGAUUAAUAAUCUACCUCUAGCAGAUUCCGAGUCUUUGUCUCAUUCUGUGUUGACUCCCUCUUCACGAAAUCCAUUCAAAUCUUCUAAUGAACCGAAAGAAUUUGCACCCCGUUCGAUCGCUCAUGGAACUGAACUCUUAGAUGCUUGGACACCUAAGACAACUGCUACAAACACCAAAGUUUCUCAGAAGCCUGAUGUCAACAAAACUCAGAACAACAAAAAGCGUUCACUCUCUUCAUCACAACGAUCUAAAUUGCCGAAAAUGAAAUCUGUUGCUACAGCAGACGUUGAUCAAGAAUUCACUGAUUGGUUUGAAGAAAAUCGAGAUACUUUGGAGGAAAGUUAUCCAGAAGUUUCAGUUGAGGAGCUUGUUCGCAUAGGACAGUCUGAAUACCGUUCUAUAAAAAGUUCAAAAGACGGUGUUUUUGAUGGAAAAGAAAAGGAAAACGUACUACAAAGUAAUACCAAACGUCCAUUAAGUGAAAAUGAUGAUUUAAUUCAGUGUAAUUCCAAUGCUACAAAGAGAAGACUAUCUGAGUUUGAGAAUAAUGUAUCUAAGAGAAUGUCGUCAUUCGCAUUCUCUCAGAAUCCUUCAAAAUAA